AUUUGAGCCAGGUUCUGCGUUGUUUAUGGUUAACUGACCUGUUGACAUGUUUCAUUCAAGCAUUGCACCUAUUAUAGCUCUUUCGCAUGAAGUGAAGCUUAGUUGACUCUUUGUUGUUCUCUUAAUUUUCGUAAUUUCAGGUUGUAUCAUUUCAUCUAUCUUAGAAUCGUCAACAGUCGAAGUGACGGAUUUUUUAUUGAUACGCUAACUUUCGGCACAAACACGUAGAUGUAGCUUUUUUACCCCGAACACUUUCAAGUUUAUUAUCUGACAAGUUUCAUAACGAGAAAAUAUGGUUAUAACGGUACCGUCUUUAGAUGAUGGGAGUGGGAGCAAUAGUAUAAAUUCCACCUCUAUCCUUCCGAUGACUCAAGAACAGAAAGAUUGGUUGUUAGCUAUCGUUGACUGUGAUCAACCGAAAAUGACAAGAAUGCUUAAUCAACACCCUGAAUUAGCUGUAUGGAAGACUGGUAUCAAUGGAGUAAGUAAAAAAGUAUUUUGUAUAAAACUUAUUAGUUAAGAUAAAAUACAAAAAUUUAUUUUUUAGUUCUAGUACAUGAUUAAAACUUUUAUAGUUAACUGAAUACAUUUGGUUAAAACUGGAAUUGUGCCCAAUAGUUAGAAAUAAAAGAAGUAUUUGAAAUAGGCGUUACUAAGAUUACAGUUCUUUCGAUAUCGUAACUAAUAUGUAUUUAUGAAACAGCCUGAGAAUUAUUUUCUGACUUUUUACGAUUUUUUGUAAGCUACCUCUUCAGAAAGCAAAUAAUUCCCAAUCCGAUACACCUUAUUUUACAUAAAGUUGUAUAUUUCCCUAAUUUUCUUUGGAAUAACUUCGCUUAUAGUAAUACUGUAACACAUUCAAGGUUCGCUUGAAUAAAAAUACUUUCAAGUAAUAUUUCUAAUCAUAAGUUUCUUUGAAUUAUAUUACUAGCUGUUAUAAUCUCUCUUCUUACGGUUAUGACCCAGCUAUUCCUAUUGCUUAGUAUUCUUGGACACCGAUUCACUCGACAAGUCCCCAAAUCAGAACACGGUUGAACAGGAAAGAGAUUAUAUUCCAAAUAACAAGUCAGAAGCCAGUAGGAAGCACAAUAGAGAAAACGUCAGUAUAUUUGUAGUUUUUACAUGAGAAGAUUCUAGAGUAUUCUCCAACUAUCGACUAGUGCUGAUUGGAUAAGAGUUAGCCAAUCAGAGUGCACCAAAGCAAUCAUGCAUUGAGCAUGCUUUAAUCCAGCGUAUGUCCCGCUAACACUAGCUUAUCGUAGAAUGACCAAGUGAACACUUCUGAGGUUAGGCCUAGGGUACUUGGGAAAGAUAACAAUUUAAUUGAUGAGAUUGUAAAUCCCCAUCAACUGAUUUAGUUAAAAAAAUAUAUUAUCUAUCAUCUACCACCACCUGUCAUAAUAUGAAUUGUUGGCUGGUGUGAAGUUAGAUUAGAAGCUGGGGCGGUAAAUUUAGGUUGAAUUUAAUGAUUACUGGUUUGAGUCAUGUUAAUACUUCCAGACUAUGUGAUUAUGGUUCGCGCUUAUCGUAACCAUGGUUGUUAUGCAUCAAUAUCAAUCGAGAUGGCGUGGAUGCAUUCAGUUGUUGUUGCCACUUAGAUCAUGAGUUCCGAAACUGUCUUAUACCUUUUUAUCCCACGGGUUUGUACUUUUCUGGGAUCGUAUUUUUUAUAUCCACUCUUUUCUACAAUUACUGAUACUGUUGCUACUUCUGAGAGCCUCUAUGAACUCCUCGCUAUCAUUCCUAGCACAUUGUCACAAAUUAUUUGAUAUUCGUCUCCUUAAUUUUCUGUAAUCGUAGUUGUGUGGUUUGUUAACUUAGAUCAAUGUACGUUUGUGCCAGGCCCUACGUCAAUUAUGACUUGAGUAACAUUCAUUUUAUAAUUUACUUUUUCAAGUACAAAUCAUGGAAAUCAAUAGGCUCCCAAUUUAUUGAAAUCC